AUGGAGAAAGAGCAAGACCAAAGAACUGACGAUCUACAGCGCCGUGUCCUUCAAAACACUCUCAACGAAGUAGCUGCGAGGGAAGAAGAUGCAGCCGAUUGCUGCGUCAUCUGUCUCGAUGUCAUAACAGAGCCAUGCGAAGCGCUGCCGUGUGGCCACCGCAAUUUUGACUAUAUCUGCGUGUCGAGCUGGCUGUUUGAGACACCGCAAUGCCCCCUCUGUAAAGUCAAGGUUGUCAAAGUCUUGCAUGGAUCUGCCCAAGAUCCCAUCACGACCUUCAUCAGCCAAAAGCCUUCUACGGCCGCCACCACCAGCACCUCCACAAUAACAAGAUCCGAUGGUUCCGCAUAUUACGGACGUAGAGGAGGAUUCGGAUGUACAAGACAAAGAGGCAGACCAUUUCGCAACCAAGGGAGAUCGACUACUGUCUCCAACGUAGUCGCUGCUCGACGAGACGUGUACCGCCACCAACGAUACUCCAAACAUGUCGGGUCUAACCGCCUCUCUCGCUAUCGCGAAUUGACACCACAGAUGUUCUGUUCAGAUGCAGAGCUAGUUUCCCGCGCGAGGAUGUGGAUCCGGCGAGAACUCCGAGUCUUUUCGUUCCUCUCGCCUGAUGACGAAGGCGAGAACGACGACGGAAGCACAUCGCAGCCCGCACAUACUGGCUCCAGAACAACCAUACAGCAUCGCCGUGCUAACAAUGCGGAAUUUCUUUUAGAAUACAUCAUUGCUAUCCUAAAGUCUGUGGAUAUCAUGGGAAUCGGCGGCCAGGCGGAGGAUAUGCUGUCCGACUUCCUGGGGAGGGAGAAUACAAGGCUAUUUUUGCACGAGCUACGUGCUUGGCUGCGGAGUCCCUUUACGAAGCUUGAGGAUUGGGAUAGGGCUGUACAGUACGAGAGAGACGUUGGGAGAAGAGAGCCCAGAGGUGAGGUGCCCAGAAACGAUGUGCACCGCGAGGAUAGUUCAAGGCGGCAUGGUGAGGAUGCGGAUAGAUAUCGGGCCAGGCGUGGAGGUGAAUUUUACCGUCCACGAGGACGGAGGGCCGCGAAACAUGAGUCUUAUACAUCGAGACGUGCUGCUGAGUGGAACAGGCGGAGAAGUAGAUAA